GAAGAUCCUGAGCUCAUGCCGUGAUUAUUUCCGACGUGAUUGGAGAAUCCUGAACGCAGUUGUAGCUCCUACCUCAAUCGAAGAUCUACCUCAGACCACUCGUGUUGGAAGUAAUACACGAUCGGGCUGAGUGACUGCGACUGAUCUAAAAACCACUCUUGCGCUGAUCACCUUUCAGAACUGGAUUUCACAGUACGAUUUCUCGUCCUCUGACAACUCGAUUAGUACUAGUUGCAAGUGUAGUUGGAGUAGUUGCCAGCUCUUCUAGCUUUGUUUCAUUUGUGAAGCUUGGACUUGCAGUUCAGGUUCAACAUUAUUUUGAUCCAUUGCGGUUUCGAUCUCGCUUCAUUUUUCCCAGUCAAAUAGUUGUAUUAGUUUAUCAACCCGAAGAACGCGAAGGUCUUUGCUGCAGGAUGCCGAAGUCGCUGAUGAAACAGGACUCCACAUGCGGGUCCCCCGCCUCCACACGGCAUUUUUGCACCAACUGCCGUGCUAUGCAUUGCAAAUUAUAUCUGGCGGGUCCUCUGGAAGAAUGCAGGUUUGUCAUGCUUGUGCGCUCGCAUGUCGAGGUUGACUCUGAAAUCUGUAAUGCACGAGCAGGAAAAGUAGAGAAGAGCCUCUUGCCUCCUGUCGCGUAAAAAUGCAGUUUGCCAUGUCGUGCAGAAAGCGAACUACAUGCGGGCUCAAAAAAUUGUCACCAUACGUGGCUGCGUAUUGUUGUAGUUCCCGUACAUCCAGUUCCACCGUUAAUUCACAAACCAGCAUCACACGCUUCUAGAGGACCCAGACAUGACAUUUGCAGUGGAUACGUGAAAACAAUUUUUACCAAGUCUGGACGACGGGUUGCUGUGGCGAGCUCCUGUGUCCGAAGUGUGGCAGGGGCUCCGUGGAGCGGGAUGAGUGCGUCGUGUGCCAUCGGAAGGCGGCGGACGGCUUCGAGGCCCGGAAGAGCGAACUGCAUACCCGACUGCAUUAUCCACCUAGACAAAGCAUGGACAAGUAUCGCACUCGUAUAAAUUUGUAUACGUAGGCAUGACUGCGUGUUAAGUGACGAGUCUGCGUUUUCAAAAACCUCCUAUGUAAGUUUAGCACUUACAAAUUCUGAUGUCCGCUUUUCGACCUCCUAGGAAAAUUUGAUGUCAUGCGAAUUUUCAUAACAGUGCGAUGUAUCUGCUUCUGCAAUGCAUAUUCAUCAAGUCACGUCUCCGAAUUCUCACGGGGAAUACCUCCGAGCGCGGCAUGAGUUCCUGCGGGCAACUGGGCGUUGAAUGGCUCCAGUGAACUUUUCGCGUAGCCGAAAGAACGGGAGACUAGAGGUUUGUUAUCAUCGGGGACAAUAUCCUUGUACGUAUGCUUCUUUGGUGCGAAGAAGUUCCAAAGUAGACAAUAAUCGCAAAUUCUGUCGCGCCUAAUUUGUACACCCUGGCUUUAGCUCCAUCCCCACCUUGUCACCCUCUCGUGGUAAAAGGCUCUUCUAUUUUUUUGCAAUUGCAAAAACGGAAGAGGGUCACGCGCUCGUAAUCGUGCUAUAUACGAAAGUGAGAGUGCCUGGAGGAAGAUAAAACUGCCAGUACAUAUUUAGCGAACCACCUGCAAGAACGCAAUUUAGGAACUACUACUUUAAAUAUAGCGAACAACCGUAGCAAGCAACGCUUUUUCGUGUGCAGAUGAUAACGAAAAGUAGAAUUGAAAUACACCAGCGCCAAGAAUUGUGCCUGUAUUCGUGGCCACUUGGCGCUGCAAC